UCAUGGCCAGCCCCCGAACGAGGAAAGUUCUGAAAGAAGUCCGAGUGCAAGAUGAAAACAACGUGUGUUUUGAGUGUGGUGCAUUCAACCCUCAGUGGGUGAGUGUGACCUAUGGCAUCUGGAUCUGCCUGGAGUGCUCGGGGAAGCACCGCGGGCUCGGGGUGCACCUCAGCUUCGUGCGCUCCGUGACCAUGGACAAGUGGAAGGACGUAGAGCUGGAGAAGAUGAAAGCUGGAGGGAAUGCAAAAUUCCGGGAGUUCCUGGAGUCUCAGGAAGACUAUGACCCCUGCUGGUCCAUGCAGGACAAGUACAACAGCAAGGCUGCGGCCCUCUUCAGGGACAGGGUAGCCACGCUGGCUGAAGGCCGAGAAUGGUCUCUGGAGUCAUCGCCUGCCCAGAACUGGACCCCACCCCAGCCCAAGACACUGCCAUCCACUGCCCACCGAGCCUCCGGCCACCCGCAGAACUCGACCUCCUCCUCAGACAAGGCAUUUGAAGACUGGCUUAAUGACGACCUUGGCUCCUAUCAGGGGGCCCAGGAGAACCGCUACGUGGGAUUUGGGAACACGGUUCCGCCUCCAAAGAGGGAGGAGGACUUCCUCAGCAGCGCCGUGUCGUCCCUGUGCUCGGUAAGGACCGCGCCCCGCUCUGCAGGCCCGUAGCUGGUCGGCUGCCUGCGGGACGCCUCCCCUUUCCCUCAGCGAACUUGUCUCUACGACCAGGCUUAUUCGUUCCGGUCCUGGUCUGUGUAGUUGCUUAUUUACUUUGCUAAAGAAUGUAGGUUUCCACUUAACCGGUGUGUUUCCUCCAUGCACAACGUCCUG